GAUCUGAUCGAGAGGAAUUUUUAUAUCAUUGCUGACAUUUGAUGUUGAUUUCAAGUUCUACGAAUCUUUCGAAAUUGCAACCGAGGACAACACAAGUGUCAUGCUGAUAAUCAAAAUGAGCAUGAGUACAAGUAAGAGGACGGCAUAAUAGCAACUGAGCUGUAGAAGGGAAAAGAAAAUUGGACAAUGGAAAAAAGACAUUAUGUCUUCUACCCAAAGAAUUGUAGCAAAAAUAUCGAAGUCUCGACGAUUUUCCUCGUCGCCAUCACCAUCGUCAUCUCAGACAGCCCGAGAACAGCUAUGGGUCCGGCGUUGCCGGCUGUUGGAUGCGAGCAGAGGCCUCAUGGAUUGUAAUUCACAAUCGUCAACCAAGAAGCGGCCACUUCCGAUUUUCCCCCUCGAAGCUCGCCACUUUGGGGGUUACGACCAUCAGCAGCACACAGCACCUGAUACCCAAAGCAGUCUGGCGCCAAACACGCCCAAAGAAUUUCACAAGAGACUCUGCACGAUGAUUCGCAACGCAAAGAAACGUGUCCGGAUUGCUUCGUUGUAUGUUGGUCCGGCAACCUCCAACAAAGACGACUGUGAGGAAACAGAAUUCCUAGGGGCCCUGUCGGAGAUAGUGAAUCGUAACCACGCGAACGGAGGGGUAAGUGGCGUCAACAGUGGUGACGAGAACUCCCGUGUUUCAGUAAAGAUCCUUCUCGACGAGAAUCGUGCGUUGCGACCCGUACCAAUUGUACAUCCUGUCGACAACGAUCAAGCCAACUCGAAAACAACAACGUCUUCCGCAGAGGCUGUUGCUCGUGCAAUCGAGGGAGAUUCGCUAAGUGGCAAAGCUUCCUCCUCUUCUUCACUCCAUUUGUUUCGGGUCUUGCCUCCUACCACUAUUUUCGGGAGAAAUUGGUUACCAAACCCGGUGGAUGAAAUCGCGGGCGUCUUUCACAUCAAAAUCUACAUCGUCGACGACCAAUUGCUCUUAAGUGGUGCCAAUCUAAGCCGGGAAUAUUUUUGUGAUCGGAUGGAUCGGUAUUUACACCUAGUCGAUGGGGCCAACGGAUUAGUAGAUUUUUAUGCAGAGCUGGUAGAAAUUCUCUGUCGACAUUCGAACAAGUACCAACUUUCGGCAGCGGUCUCCGAUGACGCAAUACAGCAAAACCGAAGAAGAAACAACGAUGAAUUCCUGCGGGAAAUUACCCAUCACUUUCAAGACUCGAAUCCAAAUUCUGCGUCGGUAGCUUCCACCCGAGAUCUGUUUGCACGGGAGGAGAAGAAGCAGAAAAUUGUAGCGGUGGCUGUACCUACCUUUCAAGCUCCUGCUGGAUAUUUUCGACAAAAGGAUGCCAAGAAAAAAUCGAUCGCAAGAGAGUUUUCAGUGAACUGGUCAACGUUUUGGUCACUCUUUCGUAUCGAUCAACAGCCGGCCGACAAAGUUAACUUUGUCACAGAUAUCGAAGCUACGCUCAAUUUGUUGAGGGAAGCGGGAAGGUUAAACAGGACAAACGAUGGCUGUCGAUAUUCGGUCCAAUUGAGCAGCGCGUAUUUGAAUCCAACAACUUCGUUGCUGUCCGUCGUGAAAGAGGGCUUUCGAAAUGUCGAAUUGUUGACUGCUGGAAAGAUUUCCCACGGCUUCAAACCCAAGAAGAAAGAUUGUAAGGAAGGGAGUCAAGGAACGGAUUGGACGAUUCCUUCCGUUUUCGACAAGUUGGUCGAUGAAUGUAUGCGGUUCCUUCGCACAACGAUACCGGCUACCGGGGCUGAUACCAAACCCAUUUGUUGUACGAACGCCCGCCUCUUUUUCUGGGAGCGACCCAACUGGACGUUCCACGCGAAAGGAAUUUGGAUGACCGAAAAAGACAGGGAAAUAGAAUCCAGUGAAAGUGAAGUUGCAGCCGUGGUGGUGGGAUCUAGCAAUUUUGGAUACCGCUCCUUUUGCAGAGACAUGGAGAGCAACUUGUUGCUGGUGUUUCCACCUCCAACUAUCGAUGACGGUGCUUCUCCAAACAACGACAAAACCUUGCGCAUUGCUAGGUCAUUCGGAGAUGAAUGGAAGAGCCUUCUCUCUUCAAGCAAGCCCGAAGUGAUGGACACCGACAAAAAUGGAGCAGUGCGAUCCGAGGAAUCAGCAGAACAACCACCUCCAUUGCCGUGGCCAAUCCUGAAAUCCAUCCCAUACAUUAAAUCUUUUUUCUAAGCAGAGCGGGAAAUUGUCAAUUUGACCAAUCUGUGCUGCGCUGAUUUCUAUUCAUCGUUAUCACUGCAAUGAUACAAAGCUAUGACUAAUACUUUUUUUGAGUGAAAGGUUCGGAUGUACUUGACACGAUGUUAUUGUACUGUUGGGAAUGGAAUACUAUGUAUCUUAAGCACUACCUCCCAUCCGAACCCUAUCGAAAAUAGUUUUAUGAAAGGCGCUUUAUUCUUCUUCCAUAGUUCGCAUCAAAUAUUUUAUCUUUGACUGGUGAUUGGUGGAGCUAGUACUACUACUACUACUACUGUUCUCUAUUUGAAUGAAUUAUAGUGGAGUAA